AUGGUCAAGUCGUACUUGAAAUACGAGCAUGCCAAGUCGUUUGGCGUUGUCGCGACCGCCACCUCCAACAUCGUCUGGACGUCCAAAGAUCGAACGGGCGCGAGCGCAGGACAGGCAGUUGUCGCCGCAAACGAACAAGUCCUGUGCUGGGACAUCAAAAAGGGAGAGCUCCUGGGCCGAUGGAGGGAUGAGCGUUGUUCCGUGUCCGUCUCAGCAAUCGCCCAGAGCCAGACCGACAAGGAUGUUUUUGCCGUCGGCUACGAGGACGGCAGCAUCCGGCUCUGGGACAGCAAGAUUUCCACCGUCAUAGUCAACUUCAAUGGCCACAAAUCCGCCGUCACGCAACUCGCCUUUGAUAAGUCUGGCGUCCGGCUCGCCAGCGGCUCCAAGGACACCGACGUCAUCCUCUGGGACUUGGUCGCCGAAGUCGGCCUCUACAAGCUGCGAGGCCACAAGGACCAAGUGACGGGCCUCCAUUUCGUCGAACCAGAACAACAGAUUGAGAACGAGGACGGAUCGAUAGCCAUGGUGCGCGACGGCCAGGACGCCUCUGACGGGUUCCUCCUCACCACCGGCAAAGACUCGCUGCUCAAGCUCUGGGACCUUUCCUCGAGGCACUGCGUCGAGACGCACAUAUCCCAGACGAACGGCGAAUGUUGGGCUCUUGGCGUGUCUCCCGAUCUCAGCGGUUGUGUGACUGCAGGCAACGAUGGAGAGAUGAAGGUCUGGUCGCUGGACGCAGAUGCCCUGGCCACGAGCGCGCGACGGGUAGACGUUUCGCCAACAGUGCAUUACAUAUCCGGUCGCGGCACGCUCCACCGGCAGAGCAAGGAUCGCGCUACCGAGGUCAUCUUUCACCCCCAGCGCGACUACUUUGCCGUCCACGGAUCAGAAAAGGGGGUCGACGUAUGGCGCAUCAAGUCGCAGGCCGAGAUCAAGAAGACGUUGGCGCGGAAGCGGAAACGGCGCAGGGAAAAGCAAAAAGACGACGAGGCCAACGCCGACAUUAGCGACAUAUUCGUCCAAUACGUCAUCAUAAGAACAGGCGGAAAGGUCCGCUCCGUCGACUGGGCCCUUGGUGGUUCUCAGAAAGGCCUCAACCUGUUAGUGGGGACGACAAACAACCAGCUGGAAUACUACAGCAUACCGUCCAAGGACAAGAGCGAUCGGAAGAAAACGCAGGACAUUCCUGACUAUACCCGAGCGUUGUCGGUCGAACUCCCAGGCCACCGCGCAGAUAUCCGAUCCCUCGCCCUCAGUUCUGACGACAAGAUGUUGGCGUCAGCAGCCAAUGGGUCCAUGAAAAUAUGGAACAUCAAAACGCAGACUUGCAUUCGAACGUUUGAUUGUGGCUAUUCUCUCUGCUGUGCUUUUUUGCCGGGCGACAAGGUAGUCGUGGUGGGCACCAAGAGCGGUGAGCUUCAGCUCUUUGACGUUGCGUCUUCAUCCCUCCUGGACAGCGUGCAGGCCCAUGAGGGGGCCAUCUGGUCACUCCAUGUCCACCCCGAUGGUCGCUCCGUCGUCUCGGGCAGUGCGGACAAGAGCGCCAAGUUCUGGGACUUCAAGAUAGUCCAAGAAGAGAUUCUGGGCACAACGAGAAAAACGCCCAAGCUGAAAAUCGUCCAGUCCAGGGCGCUCAAGGUGACUGAUGACAUACUCAGUCUCAAGUUUUCUCCCGACGCCAAACUCUUGGCCGUGUCACUACUGGACAACACGGUCAAGGUGUUUUUCGUCGACUCUCUGAAGCUGUACCUCAACCUCUACGGACACAAGCUGCCUGUGCUGAGCAUGGACAUAUCCUACGACAGCAAGCUCAUCGUGACAAGCUCGGCGGACAAGAACAUCAGGGUGUGGGGCCUCGACUUUGGCGAUUGCCAUAAGGCUCUUUUCGGGCACCAGGACAGCAUCCUGCAGGUGGCGUUUGUGCCGCACAACGCGGAUGGCAACGGGCACCAUUUCUUCAGCAGCAGCAAGGACAAGACGAUCCGCUACUGGGACGGAGACAAGUUUGAGCAAAUCCAAAGGCUCAACGGCCACCACGGGGAGGUGUGGGCCAUGGCCAUCAGUCGGAUCGGCAACUUUAUUGUCAGUGCUGGCCAUGACAAGAGCAUCCGAGUUUGGGAGGAAAGCGACGAGCAAAUUUUCCUCGAGGAAGAGCGGGAAAAGGAGAUUGAGGAGCUGUACGAGAGCACCCUGACGACAUCGCUCGAGAAGGAACCGGAAGCCGAGGACGAAAAUGGCGAGGUUGGCGCCGCAGGCAAGCAAACGACGGAGACGCUCAUGGCUGGAGAAAGGAUCCAAGAAGCUCUCGAGAUGGGCAUGGCUGACUUGAACCUGAUGAAGGAGUACGAGGAGGCCAAGCUCUCGGACUCCCACGCGGCGCCUCCGCAGAGGAACCUGGUGUACAUGGCCCUGGGCGGCAUCACCGCCGAGGAGCACGUCAUGUCUGUGCUGCAGCGCAUCAAGGCCUCGGCGCUGCACGACGCGCUGCUCGUGCUCCCCUUUGCGUCGGUGCCGGUGCUCUUCACCUUUGUCAACAUCUUCGCCACACGAUCGAUGAACAUGCCGCUGACGUGCCGCAUCCUCUUCUUCAUGAUCAAGACCCACCACAAGCAGAUUGUGGCGAGCCGGACGAUGAGGGCGAUGAUGGACGGCAUCCGCACGAACCUGAGGGAGGCGCUCAAGAGGCAAAAGGACGAGAUGGGGGUCAACAUUGCGGCGCUCAAGGUGGUGGGGAUGCAGAUCCGCGACAAGAGCGUCAAGGAAUACGUGGACGAGGAGUGGGAAGAGGAGAGCGCCGAGAGGAGCGCCAAGAAGAGAGCCUUUGUGCAUGUAGCGUAA